AUGGAUUCAGAAACUAUAAUAACAGCGAUCAGAAUGUUCUCAAUAUAGUUUUUUGAGGAAUUAGAACUUAUGGUUUUGAAGUCAAAUUAAACUGAUUCUAAUAUAUAUAUCCAAGAGAUUUAGAAAACCAAUCUCUGUUGGACUUCAAAAUUUAAUCCUAUAUUAGAAUAAUUUAAUUAAUUUGAUGCAUAUAAUUAAUGUCAGCAACUUUUGGUGAGUUUAGAAUUAGGUUCUCAUAGAUCUACACAAAAUGAUUAAUAAUAAUAAAUCAAUAUAAAAAAUAUGACUUAAGAAAUAUAAUCAGUAAAUACUUAAACGAAUAUUCCACCAUCAGAAACUAAUUAAUCUAGUAAUCAAUUGAAUGUCAAAUCUUUCGAUUAUUAAUUAAUCCAAGAAUGUUCAAUUUCAUAAAGUGAUAAGUGUUUAGCUAUAGCUAUUGAUAAAGAUUGUUCAACAUUGAUGGCUGGAUGUCAUUCACUAAUUAAAGUAUUUGAAUUCAACUAAGGAAUGAUCAAAUUAAUUUAAACUUUAAAUUAACAUAAGGAUUAGGUGACUACUUUAAACUUCAUGCAGACAUCUAAAUAGUUUAUAUCAGGAAGUUGUGAUAAAUCGAUAAUAAUAUGGAAAUAGAAUUAAAAUAAUUUAUGGAGUUAUUAAUAAAUAUUAAAUGAACAUAAUGAUAUUAUCUAAUGUUUAAUAAUAAAUACUAAUGAAGAUUUGAUAAUAUCAGGAAGUGAUGAUUGUACUAUUAAAUUUUGGAUAAAUAAGAAUGAAUGGUUCUGUUAAUAAACAAUAAAUGAUCAUUCUAAAAAAGUAUUUGGAUUAAGCUUUAAUUAAUAAUAAAAUAGAGUUGUAUCAUGUGGAUAUGAUUAAUAUAUAUUAAUAAUAGAAUAAUCAGAAUAGAAUAAAGAAUGGAAAGUAAUAUAAAAGAUUAUUGAUAAUUAUGGAUAUCGAAUAUGCUUUAUUGAUAAUAAUAUGUUCACAUUUUCACCAAAAAGUUAAGAAUAGAUAUCUGUUUAUGAGAUGAAUAAUAACAAUAAAUAAUUUACCAAAACUAGAGAUAUUCCGAUAAAAAGUGGAUCAGACAUCAAUGAAAGAUUUCCUUAACAAUAUAUUAAUUAAAAAAGUAUUCUUGUAAGUAAGAAUGGAUAAUAUGUUAAUUUGAUUAGGAAAAAAUAAAAUGGAGAGUUUUUAACUGAAUAAUCUAUUCAUUUUGGAAUUAAUUCUUUAUAUGGAACAAUGAGUAAUGACGGAGAGUAUUUGAUCACAUGGGAUAAUAAAUCAAAGUAAAUACAAAUCAGGAGAUAUAAAGAAUAAUGA